GUUGGAGAUGAUCGGCGGGAUCGUGCACGCGCGCUGGUUGGAAACGAGGCGCAAUCUGGUUUGUUCGACGGUUGGGGGGUGGGGGGAUUGGUAUCAUGACAUAUAGUAACAAAAAAAAUCAGAUCUGUAAGAGAGACUUCAGUUUACAGACAUUAAAUAAGGUCUCCCGGAAAUUAAACGUUCUCCUUUCGCCUGUUUCUUUUCCCGGCUGUUGCGGUCAUCGUCCGAAGCAGACAAUGCCACCUGCAAGACCAGAGUCUCCAGUGUAUGCAAAUUUGCAAGAUUUGAAAAUAACUCUAGCGCACCUACCCCCAAUUCCCACUAGCCCUCCCAGGCAAAUCCAUGGUGAAUGGGAGGUGCACAAAGAUGCAACAGGACGAUUUUACUACUACAACAAGGGAACACAAGAAAGAAGCUGGAAACCACCCCGAAUGACCAGAGACUCAGUAAAUAGAGAACAUGAUAACCAAGGGGAUUCUGUAAAUCAUGGACAUCACAUCACUGAAGAGAACUAUCGCAGCAUUUACUCCAGCCAUACAGAUAAUCAAUUUGAUUUACCUCCACGUGGUUGGUCAGAAGAAAUGGAUGAACAUGGCCACACUUUGUAUGUCAAUGAAUAUACUGAUGAAAAGUGGAUGAAACAUAUUGAUGAUCAAGGCCGACCAUAUUACUAUCGUACAGAUGGAUCCAAAUCUGAAUGGGAAUUGCCACAGUACAACAUUGCAGCAAAGCGGCAAGAAGUUGUUAGUAAAAGCAGAAGCUUGGACAGGAAGCCAACUGAAUCUUUAUUAAUGACAAAUUGGAGACAUAGCACAUACGGAGUUGGACAAUUGGACCUUGAUAAGUUCACUGCAAAAAAGCACAAGCGUAAUUCCUCUGAGCAUCUCUGUGCUUCUUCAUCAUUGCUUCCACAGCAUCCUGAUCAAGAACCUCCAACUAGUCCAAAGUUAAUCCAGGAUAACAACAAUGAGCCACCCUCUUCACCAAAAUACUUGCAGUCAUCACCAGUUGUUUCAGAAAAAUAUGGAUUACUUUACGUAACAAAGAUCACAGAGAAUGGCAAGAAAGUCAGGAAAAAUUGGACAUCGUCUUGGACAGUCUUGCAAGGGUCGUCUCUGCUAUUUGCUAAAAAUCAAGGCAGUGGAAGUGGCUGGAAAUUUGGUGGCAACCAAUCCAAACCCGAGUUCACUGUGGAUCUAAAAGGAGCUGCAAUUGAAUGGGCUUCAAAAGACAAAUCCAGUAAGAAGAAUGUCAUUGAGCUUAAAACACGUCAAGGAACAGAGAUAUUGAUUCAGCUGGACAAUGACCAUCUCAUCAAUGAAUGGUAUAAAGCUCUUGAGGAAACAAUUGGUAGUCAGACGGUGGAGUCUGAUGAAGCCACUGAAGAUGAUAUUCCAGAGUCCCCUGGAAUUGAAAAACAUGAUAAGGAUAAAACUAAUAAAGAUUUGAAGAAGUCACGGCCAAUAAAAUCUAGUAGUAUAGAUAAUGCAGAUCAAAAAAAGACAAAAACAAAAUUGAAGAAGUUCCUGACACGCAGACCAACACUCCAAGCUGUCCGAGACAAAGGUUAUAUUAAAGAUCAAGUAUUUGGAUGCAAUCUAAGUAGUCUUUGUCAAAGAGAGAAUUCAACUGUACCAAAAUUUGUGAUGAUGUGUAUUGACCACGUGGAGAGAGAGGGCUUAAACGUUGAUGGUUUGUACAGAGUGAGUGGUAACCUGGCUGUCAUACAAAAGCUUCGCUUUGCAGUCAACCAUGAUGAGAAGCUGGACUUGAAGGACAGUAAAUGGGAGGAUAUCAAUGUCAUUACUGGGGCUCUCAAGAUGUUUUUCAGAGAAUUACCAGAACCUCUGUUCACGUAUCAUCUCUUUAAUGACUUUGUCAAUGCAGUCAAAAUUUCAGACUACAAGCAUCGUGUUGAGGGUAUCGCCGACCUAAUCAGACUCUUACCUAAACCAAACCAUGACACUAUGCAAGUUCUAUUCAAACACCUUGUGAAGGUUGUUGCCCGUUCUGAAGUAAACCGGAUGACCAAUCAAAGUGUCGCCAUAGUAUUUGGCCCCACCCUUCUGAGGCCAGAGAAAGAAACAGGAAAUAUUGCAGUUCACACAGUAUACCAGAAUCAGAUUGUGGACUUGAUCUUAACAGAGUAUGAAACCAUAUUUGGAAGAAGCUGAAAGAAGUGAACAUAUGAAAUGCAACUCUACCAAAACCCACUACGUGAAAAUAAAAUACAUUUUAAGUUUUUUUUGUACCUUAUGUCAACCAGAAUAUUGGUAUACUUUGCACUUAUUUUCUUCUGGUUUUUAAAACUAUCUGUAUUUGUUUCCAAUGGUUAUCAAUCUUGAAAGCAGAUGGCUCUGCUGCAGAUGUUUUGCAUAACAUGUAGUACAGACAGAUGCAGGGAAGCAUGUCUCCUGGUAAUAACAAAAAAAAAGACUUGAGUAUACCGUAGUUAUACACUGGGUUCUUUUGAAACAAUAUUUGCCUGAGGGACUUAGCAGUACUUUUUCUGUAAGUGUCAAUAUUUUUAGGCAACUUCCAUUUCAUGCACAUAGUUGGCAAACCUAUCUUGCGACCUGUUUUACUAUUUAGUAUAGUAGAAGUCCUAAUACUGUAUAUUGUUGCUGAAUCCAUACAAAAUGGUGACCAGACUUUGUUUAAUUUAUUUUUUUUUUACUGAUUUACUCAAAGGUAAAAGCUAAAGUAUUAAUGUUGAUUCUUCCCAGUUGAUGAACAUGGACUAAUAAUGGUCCUACACCUGCCGUUAAUAGAGGUCAUAUGAUCACACCCAGUGUUUCAGAACACUAGUGAUGUACAGAUAAAUAAAGAACUUAAUACAUUAAAUAAUAUGUCCUCAAGCAAUGUAAAUAUAAUCUGUGUAUAAUUCCUUAAUGUAUGUUUUACAUACGGUAAUGUUUUCUAAUCUGAUUUUGCCAAAUUGUAAUAUUCAAUUACUGGUCAAUCUACCAGCUAAGAUCAGUACUAAGAGCUUUUUUGGGGUGUUUUAUGACAGGCAACACUGGGGAUAUUCUUAGUAUACUGAGGAGGUGUGUGCACUUUUUAGCUAUUGGCAAUUACAAUGCAGGGCAAAUCUUAACCAUUUGUAUUUCAAAUGGUACUGGAAAGUAUUUUGCAGGCUUGGGCUUUCUAGGUGCACUACAAUAAACACAGUUUAUUUAAAUGUACAGAGACAAUUUGAAAAAAAGUCUGCGUAGCAAUUUAUUGUACAAUAAGUGCUAACAUUAAUAUUCCAUGUACGCAUUGAUGGGUUUUGAAGCAGGUUGCUAAAUUGAAUUUUUCCAUUUAUUGAUGUGGACUCAUUGUAUAAGCAGGUUUCUUGGGAAUACUACCUGUUUCUGGGCACAUGAUCUGAAGAUUUUUUUGAAUGUAUUUUUUUUAAAACUAACUGCUGUAUGGCGAUAUGCUAUGUCUAAUCAAAGAUUAAAAGAAAAUGAUGAAAAGCUGU